GCUCUGUCCCGGGACAGACUUUAACUCUGAAAUCCUCAGAGGAAGUGUCAGAAAGAGCCGAGGAGCCGUGGAGCCGUGAGAGGAGCCGCGUGAGGAGCCGCGUGAGGAGCCGUGUGAGGAGCCGCGUGAGGAGCCGUGUGAGGAGCCGUGUGAGGAGCCGUGUGAGGAGCCGUGAGAGGAGCCGUGUGGAGAGCCGUGGAGCCGUGAGAGGAGCCGUGUGAGGAGCCGUGAGAGGAGCCGUGUGAGGAACCGAGAGGAGCCGUGUGUGGAGCCGUGUGGAGCCGUGUGAGGAGCCGUGUGAGGAGCCGCGUGAGGAGCCGUGUGUGGAGCCGUGUGAGGACAAACCGCGGACGAGCCUCAUGUCUCUGACUUUUUCGGGCGGGUUUGAGGUUUUACGCACAGGACGUUUCAGCAGCAGGUGCACGUGGAUGCGCCAAAACCAGCGAAGUCCCGCAGAAACACCCGCAGAAACACCCGCAGAAACACCCGCAGAAACACCCGCAGAAACACCCGCAGAAACACCCGCAGAAACACCCGCAGAAACACCCGCAGAAACACCCGCAGAAACACCCGCAGAAACACCCGCAGCUGCAGCGCCGCUUUGGAAACGAGGACCUGGAGCUGUUUUAUUUUAUUCUUCAGUUUGGAUCUAAAAGAGAAUCACCCGAGAGGAGCAGAGGAGCAGAGCGUGAGGAGCAGAGCGAGAGGAGCAGAGCGUGAGGAGCAGAGUGUGAGGAGCAGAGGAGCAGAGCCUGAUGGAUAAAAACUCUCGGGCUCGACUCCAGACUGAGGCCAAACUGAGGAUCGGGAGUGUGGAUCCUUACGGUUUCGAGCGCUCUGAGGACUUCGACUACAGCUCGUACGAGGAGCUCAUGUCCGUCUACCUCGCCGUCCUCACCCGCAGGUCCAUCAAGUGGUCCAAGCUCCUCAAGGGCAAACACAGAGUCCAGAAGAACGUCAAAUUGAAACGUUACGUCCGUAAAGGCGUCCCCAACGAGCACCGCGCCCUGAUCUGGAUGACGGCGAGUGGAGCUCAGGAUCAACUCGACCACAACCCGGGACUUUACCAGAGCCUCCUGUCCACUCAGCAGGACGACAAGCUCCUGGAGACCAUCAGGACAGAUCUGAACAGAACAUUUCCAGAUAACAUACAUUUCCGUAAGUCGUCCGAGCGGAGCCUCCUGGCGUCUCUGUACAACGUGCUCCGAGCGUACGGACAUCACAACCCCGACGUGGGAUACUGCCAGGGGAUGAACUUUAUCGCUGGAUAUUUGCUCCUCAUCACUAAAGAUGAAGAGAAGUCCUUCUGGCUGAUGGACGCUCUGAUCGGGAGGAUCCUGCCAGAUUACUACACUCCUGUGAUGUUGGGGCUGAAGACGGACCAGGAGGUUCUGGGGGAGCUGGUUCGACUGAAGGCUCCUGGCGUCUGGAGGACGAUGUUGGACAAUAACGUCCUGUGGUCUCUGGUCGUGUCUCGCUGGUUCAUCUGUCUGUUCAUCGACGUCCUGCCAGUAGAGACCGUCCUGAGGAUCUGGGACUGUCUCUUUUACGAAGGCUCAAAGAUUCUUUUCCGAGUGGCUCUGACUCUGAUUCAUCGUCAUCAGACUGAGAUCCAAACGGCCUCGUCUCUGCCCGACGUCUGUGACGUCUUCAAACGCAUGACCCGAGGGCCUUUUGUGGACGAGAGCCACGCCUUUAUGCAGAGAAUCUUCACAGAAACGGGGAGUCUGUCCAGGACCACACUGACCAAACUCCGGACCAAAUGUCGAGCAAAACUGACUGAAGAAGAAUCCUGAUCCAAGCUGCU